ACGCCGGGACAAGGCUCGGGCCUUCUUCCUCCCGGCGACCCAUCUUACCUCAGCCUGCCAGCCUAGCCUAGCCUAGCCACUCUGAGCAUCCGUUGGUGUUGGUGGUCUGUUACGUUAACCCACCCACCCCACCGCCCUCACCGUCGCUCGCCAUCCACCGAACGCAAAUCCACACCGCACCAACCAAAUCGCGGGAGUAAACAAAGAGGCGGCAGGAUGGUGAUCGGACAUGCCGCCGGCAUGUGUGCGUGGGCAAAGGCAGCAGACGAGCUGGAGCCGCUCCAUCCUCCAGUCCUGUGGCAGUGAGCACUGAGCAGUCACACGCACGCGCGUCCAGCGCACCGCGUGGUCUUCCCGGCGCUGUCCAGGUACGGAGGAUCACAGGAGCAGGGCGAGCCGAGGUGCCAGGCCCUAGUGCUGCCCUCUCCUCGGUGCGCGCCUUUUGGGUGGGGCUCCUCAAAAGCAGAGGGGGAAGCAAGGGCGCGGCAGCAUCCAGCAGCGGGGCACGGCGAGUCGCGCGGAGGGGGAGGCAGGCAGGAAUCAUUCCGCUCGCGGCUCGCGAGGCUGCCCGCCCGCGCCGCUGCCCCCGCUUUCCGGAGCCGGGCGGGCCCGCGCCGCGCGCGCCUAUCCUCUCCGGCCGGCAUCGUCUUCCCACGCUGCCAGCGUCCGCGUCGUGCCGCGCAUUGGGCCAUUUUGGGUGGCGCUGUCGUCGCGCCACCAGAGCGCACCACCACCACCGCCACCCGCCAGCAGCAACCAGCGAGCCAGCCGCCUUUGCUGAUUGGCACGGGGCGGGGCGCUAGCCAUUUUUUUUUAAUUCCUGAGAUGCUUCCGCUGCUGCUUAUAUCCACGGUCCCGGCCUUCACGCUGCUCCUCGUCGCGCCCGCCAGCAAGCCCGGCUGCAAGCUCGCGCGGGAGCUCGGCCUCCUUGUGCUGCUGCUCGCCACGGAGCUGCUGCGCCACGCCACCGCCGCGGGGAGGCGGCUGCGGGGCCGGGGCCGGGAGCCGGAGCGCGGCGCGAGGACGAUGCCAGCUCCGCCCAGGCCGAGGCCGGCCGCAUUGGCGGCGCCGGGGGAGGCGGCGGAGGCGGAGGCGGAGGCGGCGCCCGCCGCGGCGGCAGCGGGGCUCCCGCUGCUCGACCUCGCGGAGCUCGCGCUGGACCGCGUGCUGGAGGAGCUCUCGCCGGCCUCGCUCGCCGCGAUGGCGUGCGUGUGCGCCGCGCUCAGGGACCGGUGCUCCGCCGACGCGCUGUGGGAGCGCCACCUCCGCGCCAAGUGGGGGCGCGUGCUGGGCGCCGCCGCGCGGAAGGAGUGGGAGGCGGAGCUCGGCGCCAGGGUCGCCCGCGCGAGCGCGCCGCGGCCGCCCCGCCGCAGGAGCUGGGUGGAGUCGCUGCCCUGCGCGUGGCCCAUAUCCUGGAUCGCCUGCCGCUGGCUCAAGGCGGACGCCACCCCGGCACCGGCCGCCGUCGCCGCCGAGCCCGCGCCCGCCGCGCCACCGACGGACACGGUGGCCGCGUGGUACCGCGCGCUCGAGUGCGGCGAGUUCUGGUUCCCCGCGCAGGUGUACAACCGCGAGCAGGACGGGCACGUCGGCUUCGUGCUCUCGUGCUACGACGCGCACCUCCGCUACGACCGGCGAACGGACACCUUCACGGCGAGGUACCCGCCGCACGGCCGGAAGCCGGCCAAGGAGGAGGCCGGCGUGCAGUGGAGCAGGAUCCGCGCGCCGCCGGUGGGCACGCCGGCGCACGAGCUGCACGCGUCGGACUGCCUGGAGGCGCUGCGCCCCUGCGACCACUUCGAGAUCCAGUGGCGCAAGAACAAGGACUUCCCAUACGGCUGGUGGUAUGGCGUCGUGGGUCACCAGGCACCGUGCAACCCGAGCGAGCAUCUGUGUCGCUGCCACGAGGACGAUACGAUCGUCCUGGAGUUCCAGCACUACGCCCCCGGGUCGCGGUGGAGGCAGACCACCGUGAGCAGGAAGGAUCACAGGGAGACGGGGGACGAGGCCGACGGCUUCUACGGGGGCAUCAGGAAGCUGCAGACCAAGGACGAGAUCUCGACGUGGCGCCGAUUCUGGCCCGUGGACGUCCUCAACUGAUGGAAAUGGCAUUUGCAGCCGGCGGCCUGCGCGCCGGCGUCCCAAAAUUCCCUCAUGUACAGUUAUGGAGAGCUUUCAGCAUUCGUCUGAAAUAACUCUGAACCUUUUUCCUCGGUUCUGAAGGAUCUCUUUUUCCCUAGAGAUUUAUGAUGCAGAACAUUCAAUCCGAUCAAGAUUGUUAGAAGAAGGAUCAAGGAUAGGCCACGAACCGUCAGAUUUAUCCAGUUUUCGACUUGCCUUUGUGCUAUCGCUCGCUGUAUCCUGAUUUUAUAUGCAACAUAAUUCUUCGGAAAUGCUGUGGGAAGGAUC